AUGUCCGGGUAUAUAUUGGAAGAUUUGGCGGUUGUUUUAUUUUGUUCAAGAGUGCGCAUCGUUCACGUAACGUAGGCAAGAAACUUUAAACCGACAAUUUAGUUGUUUGUUUUAAAACCGUACUGUUUGUUAAACUGGUUUUGAGCAGCAGUUACUCCUUUUGGCGUUUUUGGAACGUACAUUUAUCAAUUGAAAACAAGUGGCGAAGCUAACUAAGACACUUCUCGGUGUUAGCACGAAGAUUUAGCUAGCUGGCGUGGAUGCAAAGCCUGUGCCCAUCCCGGAGAUGGCGAGCCAAACAUUUUUACAAAAACAGAGCGGUAAAUAUCUGUGGAUAUCCCUCCUUUCUCUGGGCUUUCAGCCUGAUAAUUACCUCUCGUCAAAUAUAAGCAAGACAACCGCAAAACACGUCAACUUGGGACCAAAUAUGUUUGACAAGCCCAACAAAGAUGCUUUCUUCAUUGUGAUUAAUUUCCUGUUGGAAAAACUCAAUCCAACAAGAUUUCAACAGACAUACAGAUUUUGCUUGCCCGUGGUUGGGAGCAAACAAGAUGCUGAGUUCCGGAAAGUGACCUGCGCUUGGCUCCGAGAAGUGAUGGAUGAAACUGGAUACACUGGCUCCAAAAUGGUUGCAUCAUUGCUACUCUCACCUGGAGGCCCCAAGUUCACCAGUUUAAUGCUCCAUUUGGCCAAACAGGUGAUGCUACAGGAAAUGAAAACUUUCACUGCAGAUGAUGGCUUUGUGCCCGAGUCUGCAGCAACGCCAGCAUCUUCACUCGACAUGGCGAGCAAGAGACUCCACUUGGCUAAAACCAGGUUUUUGAAAGAGGCUGUGCACCAGGAUCGCGUACUGCAGGAAUACCACAAUCAAGCCAAGGGCAUUGAAGAUUCCCUGCGACACCUCAGAGAUGAGAGUAAGAAGUACGAUGCUCUCCUCAAACAUCAUAUUGGCGAUUCUCUUCAACCGGAAGAGUCUUCCGCAAACAAAACUGAAAUGGUUCGAUCCCUCUGGUCGGACAUCGAUGAAAUGCAGUCGACUACUGAAGAGAGCCAAAACGUUUUGGAAAGCGUCAUAAAAGGAGUAGUGGACCAGUACAUUCUAGACGGCACAGACCGCCGCCUCCAAAUUCCUCACAGCCUGCUUGAGAGGAUUGAACAACUCCCCCAACAGCUGAGCUCUGGGAGUGUCUAUAAGGCUCAGCAGCUGAACCUGCUCUGCGUGUUGGAGGUGGCAAACCAUGCUCUGCGCCUCCUCAAGGAGGAGCGUUGCCGUGUCCAGAAGGCCCCCAAACCACAGCUCAACUUGACACACUUGGAGCAGAAAUGUCAACAGAUGGCUCGUGGGCUGCAGGACCUUCAGCUCCUCAGAUUGAAGAGUUCCAAAGAGGAUAUCCCUGAAGUGAGGAGGCAUAUCGGAGACUUGGAGGCCGAGUGGGACAAAAAGUGGAUGGACACACUGAAAGACACGCCUUUGGUCUCGUUUCUCAGUGAAGAUCCAACUCCUGGCUUUCUCUCCCCAAUGGCACGCCUGUCAUUUGAGCCAGCAGCUGAUGCGAGCCAUGGAUGUAGUAUCUUCUCUCAGUUCCCUGCCAAGCUCCCUGAUAAGUCUUCAGAGUGCAAGUUGCCGGAGGGCGACGGCAAUACUUGCUCAUUCCUCAAAAGCUCCUUCUCCACAGCCGACAAGCAUCGAGGAGGGGAUAUUGCAGCCUCUGCAUCGCCCCAAGUCAACUCCUCUCUGGACUGGCUUUUUGAUACGCCUCCAUCACCUUCUCAGAAGACUCCAUCUCUACCACAACAGGCCACUGUGAGCAUUCAUCCGAAGGUGACCCCCACCAGGGCCAAGAUUCCAGUAUUAGACAUGGAAUGUGAUAACCUUGCUGAUCAGUUUGCAAAUGCUGUAGCUCCGACCAGUUCAACAGCAGACCAGCUCGAUAGUUUGGAUCUGGAGUGGAUUCUUGGUACUCUUCACGAAGAUCCCUUCUCCACUAGGAAACAGCUGCCUCGCACGCCUGAGAGUUUGAUUUUGGAUAUAAAGACCUCCUGGCGGAAGGCCGUAGAGAAGGACGCAGCAGAGAAAGCACAACAGCCACUUGAGUGUAACUUUGUCGCUGGUCACAUCACUCCCCCGAGUGAGGCUGACGGCACUCUCCUGAGCCCGCCUUGCUGCUCAGACAGUGUAUGCUCCCAACCCUGCAGUCCCCCAAGCAACCAAAAGAGGGCCGUGAUCAGGUCAUCUCUACUCGAGGGCACAUUUCGGGCUACUGGCAGCCCGAGUGACACCACCAUCACCACCACCAGUAGCAUCCUGCCACAGUUUAGCCUCGAUCAAGAAACUCUCCCUGAACUGCCCAGCUGCAACAGUCUACUCAGCCUUGACGAAGAGGAAGAUGAGCUGCUCAUCCCCUGUCAGAAAAAAGACUUCACAAUGUCUCCAUUAAAGUCAGGUAAUCGUCCGAUCCAGCAGCUGCGUGGUGGCUCCUCUGCGGAGAACAUAAGAUUACCCGAGUGCAUUCUUCUGGGUCAUGAAAUUUCAGCAGAAGCCAGCAAGGAGGUCUUUUCACUGGAUCUACAUGCACUGGACACGCAGUCCCCCACAAAGCAAGAAUACUGCCUUCCCACGCUCAUAACGUUCUCCCCAAUAGAGGACAUGAAGUGUUAGCUACGUUGUCUGUUGUGUAUGAUUUUAUUUUAACCUUAUUUGUACAUUUCUCUUUUGCACUAAAUGGGAAAAGUCUUAUCUGUGGUAAUACACACAGUCUUUGUCUUUGUCUCAUUUCUAAUUAUUAAUUUCUAAUAAUUAAAUUGAGCUGUAAAUGAUUUGGAAUAAUUAAAAUAACUACCAC